AUGCCUGCUUCGUUUCAGGGCAGGCCUGUGCUCGUCCUAGAGGUCGUGCGGCCGUCGACAUCGGCAACCACUGACGACCUGGUGCAGCUAGCGGAGCAGUAUGUCCAGUGGGGGGCAGAUGCGCUGUGUGUGCCCACGGACAUCGAGGCCAGCCUCAGUGGCCUGAAGGAUCUCUUUGUCAUUUCGAGGGCCACAAAAGUUCCAGUUUUGGCCAAGGACUGGUAUAUACAUCCCAUCCAGAUUGCUGAUGCAAAGGACGCGGGAGCUGCUGGUGUCCUGGGUGUGAUCGCUUCAGUUUCAGCGAAAGGGGCUCCAAUCAUGAGCAGCUUUGCAGCCGCCAUUGGCCUGGACGCUCCGGUUGAGGUUGUGAAUGCAAAAGAGGUGCAAGCUUUGGGUGAUUUGGGGGUGUCGCUGUUUGGUAUCAACAUAUCUGUCCGAUUGUCGAUCUCCAUCCCAGGGUUUGCCACAGAUAUUGCCAAGGGCGUCAUCACCCAACUGCCAUUUGGGGCCAUAUCUCUUCUUGGUGUCCAGUCGCUGGAGGAAGCUGUGAAGGGUCGAGCGGCAGGGGCAGACGCUCUUCUCAUCAAAGAGGAAAUGUUGGCCCGCCAUGAAGGACCAGUGGAGGAGUUGUUGGAGCAGCUAAAGUACCUAACGAGCGGAGACGAUUGA